AUGACUAAUAGACCCGUCUCAUACAGACUUUUCAGAACAGGGAGCAGGCUUCUCUCUCUCCUUCAAAAUUCUCCCGCAAAUCUCUCGACUCACUGCGACGAUAGUCUCGUAACUCUCUCGACUACAGUCUCUUUCCCCGACCCUCCUUUAUUAGCAAAAUCUCGAACCGAAUUAUACAAAGUAAUAAACAAUGGGGACCCACACAAAAGCGCAUGCGCAUGGUUAGAUGUAUACAAAAACUCUCCCUCUCCCCCUCUCUCUCACAUACACACUCUCUCUCUCAUCAUAUGCUCUCUUUCUCAAUUCAUCUCUUUUUCUCUCAAUUUAUCUAUUUCUCUCCCUCUCAAUUUACCACCCUGCAUUUUCUCUCUCACUCUCUCUCUCUCUCUCUCUCUCACCUUAUCUCACUUUUUCCUCUUUCUGUCAAUGUAUCUCUCUAUUUCUCUCCCUCUCAAUUUCUCUCUCUGUUUCUCUCUUCCAAUCUCUCUCUCUCUCUCUCUCUCUCAAUUUAUCUUUCCCUUACUCCCCCCUCUCUCUCUCAAUUUAUCUCUCUCUUCCUCUUUCUCUCUUAGAUUAUCUCUCUUUUUCUCUCUCACACAAUUUAGCUCUCCCUUUCUCUCUCUCAGUGUAUCUAUCCCUUUCCCUCUCUCUCUCUCUCUCACUUUGUCUCUUUAUCUCACUCUCUCUGUCUCUCAAUUUAUCACUUUAUUUCUCUCUGAAUCUCUCUCUCUCUUUCUUUCUCUGUCUCUCUCAGUUUAUGUCUCAUUGACACUAUCUCAUUUUAUAUAUAUCUCUCUCAAUUUAACUCUCUAUUUAUCUCUCUCUCUCUCUCCGUUCAUCUCUCCCUUUCUCUAUCAAUUUAUCUUGCUUUAUUUCUACCUCAAUUUAUAUCUCUUUCUCUCUCCCUCUCCCCCUCAAUUUAUCUCUUCCUCUCUCUCUCUCUCUCUCUCUCUAUCUAUCUAUCUAUCUAUCUAUCACUCUUUCUCUGCUUCUUGCUGUUUUAUGGAUCAUAAUUAUCAAAGGUAG